AUGCCUGCAGGGCGAGACGCCAGAGGCAGGUUUAUAUCGUCGAAUCAAGAAGACCCUGAAUCGGUCGAGGAGAACCGAGAGCCGGAGCAGAGCGAUUCCGUGAACGAGAAUCGAGAGUCCGAACAGACUGAGGACGACCACCACGACGACGACGCUGCUGAGCAAAUCCUGUUCGAGAUGGCAGGACAGACAGCAAGAACGACGAAUCACCCGGUAGAGGAUCCGGAGGAAAUAAAACCCGUGAAGCUGUUAGACUUCAAGACAUCGAUAUUGGCGAGAGAAAACGUGCGGACCUGGAGAUCCGACGUCGAGGAAUUUUGUCAGAUUCAGGGAGUCUGGAAAGCAGUACAAAAGACAUUGGAGUUGCAAGAUAAGCCGGAAGAGCUGGCCAGAUUACUUGCCAACCAGAAAUGGGCCUCACUUGAUGCGACAGCAAAGUAUUACAUCAAACAGAAUUUGAAGCAAGAGGAUAAAACGACAGUACGAGAUUACAAGAACUCAGGAGCUGUUUGGAAAUACCUGAUGAGUCGAUAUGAGCGAACAACUCAAUACGACAUUGUGAUUGCACUCCGAAAAGUGAUUCAAUGGAAGAAAGAUUCGAAGAUGGGGAUAGAAGAUUCCCUGCAACAGUUAGAACAGCUGAAUGCAGAGCUAUAUGAGAUCAGCGACAAGAAAAACAGAUUUGACGAGCUCAUGAUCUUGACAAUAUUCCUGGAAGGAUUGCCAAUGGAAUUUGAUUCAAUUCGGGACGCGCUAUUUGGUAGCGCUAAUCUAGAGCGAGGCCUAGCCCUAUCCCGACUACAUCAGAAAGAGCUAAAAUCGACGGUCAAUGCUGCAAAUGAGACGGCAGGUGAGUCCGCCAGCCGUGCCGAGCAGCGAAAAUGUUUCAACUGUGGAAAGGCUGGUCACUUUGCAAGGAGCUGCAAGCUCCCAAGGAAAGAGAAGGAUCGAGAAUCGGACCAUCAAGAGGAAAAGAAAAGAGGACGUGGCAGGAAGCAAGUCCAAAAGCAACUGCGAUUCCGAAAAGAUAGGGCGCGCGCCGUAGACGAGGACUCGGGCUCGUCAGAUAGCGACGGCGAAGGCAGCGGCAAAGAAGCCGUAUAUCGACUGAAUGAGCGAAUCAGUGACCGAUUUGAGUCCCUCAUCCAAAAUGAGAAGACGCUGCGAGCAAAGGGGAGAGGUAAUCCGGUGAUCGAUAGUGGUGCAACAAGUCCUUGCUGCCCAGAGAUCGAUCUAUUCGAGUCCCUGGACGAGCGAUACUGUGGAAUGCUCGGGACUGCUGGAAAAUCGACCCUGAUUGCAGGAAAAGGCGUCAUAAGGUUCCCCUUAAGUGGCGGAAGAAGUGUGAGACUGACAGAUGUCUUAUAUGUGCCCAGCUUGAGCGAGACACUGUUGUCCACCCAAACCUUAUAUGCUGACGGGAUAUGGAAUGAACACGUCGACAAAGGUUAUCGCUUCUUUCGGAAACGUGGAGAAAUCCUGGCGAAGGGUUAUAAUAUCGGACGAACCAGCUACCUGGGGUGGGUGCGGCAUAAAGACGCCUUGGCUACGGAACCGAGCCACGAUACGAACGAGGUUGCCAGACUCGUAAAAGCAACCGAUUGGCAGCGAUUACAUCGGAGACUAGGUCAUCCGGGAAAUGACCGUCUGAAAUUGAUAGUGAAGCAAUUGGGACUUGACUGGAAUAGAACGGAGUGCUCCGAGGCACUACUGCACUGUGAGACAUGCAUCCAAGCGAAAAGCGUCAAGAACCAGAAUCAUAAGCCCGCACAGAGGGCAUCCAGGCCAUUGAAGAGAGUUUAUAUGGAUUUUUGGGGUCCUUACACGCAAACGAGCAACCGGGAAGGUUGGAAGUACUACCUCUCAUUGACCGAUGACCACACGAGAUUUUCGUGGGUCUACUUGACAAAGAAUCGAGAAACGACGACUGUUCGAGGCAUAUUAGAGAGAUGGCUUGCCUCGGUCGAACGCGAGAAAGGUGUUCAGUUGCUAUGUAUUCGCACUGACAAUGCGAAAGAGUUCACAGCCUUAACCCCAUGGGCAGAGGAGAAAGGCAUCAGGAUUGAAUUCAUUGAACCUCACACCCCGUCGCAAAAUGGUGUUGCAGAGCGGUUGAACAGGCUUCUGCUGGAAAUCACAAGAGCUAUCCUCAGUGACGCAGAUGUUCCGAAGAAUUACUGGCCAUAUGCGUUGAAAAUAGCCGUUUAUUUGAAGAAUCGGACCAUUCAGGUACAGGGGACGAAGAAAUCCCCGUUUGAGCUGUGGUUUGGACAUGCGCCGGAUUUAUCCAAACUACGAGUUCCAUUUUGCAAAACAUGGUUCCAUAUUGAGACAAAUGAUAAGCUUGACCCGAGAGCGAUCGAGGGAGUGUUUGUGGAGUAUGAUUCCAGUCGGAAUCAUUACCUCGUCAUGGCAUUGAAAGACCGGAAGAUCCACCGGGUAACGAAUCCUAUUUUCUUGGAGAAUAGGCGAGGAUUCAUCAGCAAUGAGCCAGGCGAGCGAGAAAUUGAGGCCGAAACCCCUCAGAUGGCUGAUAUUGAGAUAAGUCAGCAAGAACCCGACGCUAUUGAGAGCGAACACAAGGUGCGCAGUGACGCGCAUGAUGAGAUGCGCAAUGAGACGCACGAAAUUGUUGAAACAGAUGACCGACAUGACAUGGAGGAGAUCUUGGAAACCAGUCAGAUCGAGCAGAGCGAGCCGGAGUCAUCCAACCAAACUAAUAACCAUGAGAAUGAGCUUGAUAAGCUUAAUUUGGAUUCCCAGCCUAUACGACAAUCGACACGGAUUCGGAAGCCUACAAAGGCCGCUAUCGAAUCUCAAGAUACCGAGAGGCUAUUGGCUAGGAAGCCGCGAAUGCAGCGACGCAGAGAAGCGAGAGAGGAAGCCAGCGCCGAGGCCACUUCUCUACACGCUGCAGAACGAGAAAAGAGGCAGCUGCGAGACGCUGCAAACAUGGCUAUCACAAUAGACCUAUACCUGAGCAACGAAGAUGAUUCUGCUCACCGAAGCGUCAAAUGCGAUGGUCAAAUCCCCAUUCCAAAUACAUAUGGCGAGGCUAUUCAAGACCCAAUUUACGGCACCAAGUGGAGAGAAGCCGUUAGAUUGGAGCUAGCCAAUCUCAUUCAAUUCGGGACAUGGGAGUAUGUGAAGAGACCUAAAGACCACAAGGUAGUAUCGACCAAAUGGGUAUUCCUCGUCAAAUAUGAUGCCGAUGGUCGAAUCGACAGAUUCAAAGCACGCUUAGUGGCCCGCGGAUUCUCACAACGAGAAGGUCUCGAUUUCGAGGACACAUUCGCACCAAUUAUUCGUCUGGAAAGCCUGAGAAUUAUAUUUGCUAUCGCAGCAAGUUUCAGGCUGACUGCUCAUCUUCUGGACGCCGUGAAUGCGUACGUAGGAUCUCAAAUCGAUAAGGAGAUUUACAUGGAGAUCCCCCAGGGCGUUGAUCCACAGACACAUGGACCAAAGGAUGUUUGCAAGGUCUUGCAAUCGUUAUAUGGGCUCAAACAAUCCGCCUAUCUCUGGAACCAGAAAGUCAAACGAUUUGUCGAAUCGAUCGGGUUUCGACAGAGUACAGCAGAUCCAGGAGUGUUUAUCAACAGCCGAGGAGUCAUCAUAGCACUCUAUGUAGACGACAUCCUAGUAUUCGGCAGAAAUAUCGAUGAUAUCAAUCAGACCAAGGCGAAGCUCCAAGAGUUCCACCCGAUGAAAGACUCUGGGCUAGUCAACAAGAUCCUUGGAAUCCGGGUCACCUGGACGAAAAACUCAAUCCGAUUAGAUCAAGAAACCUAUGCCAAGUCGAUUCUGGAAGAAUUCCAGAUGCUUGAUGCAAAACCGGCCAGCCUGCCGCUAAGUCCCAGUGUCGACCUAAAUGACGGAAGUCCCAAACGACUAAGACGAGAUUUGCACGCUGUAUUUCGACAAAUCCUAGGGCGAUUGACCUAUCUUGCAGGUGGCACACGUCCAGACAUUCAAUUCCCAGUCAAUCGGCAGAGUCAGCACCUCUCUGAACCCCGGGAAGUUCAUCUGAGUGCUGCAAAGCACCUCCUUCGAUAUAUCAAAGGCACUAUAACGUACGGAAUCAUGUACACGUUCGGUGCAAAGGGGAGUGUGACAGGGUAUUCCGAUUCGUCUUAUGGAAAUGCGACCAAGCACCGAUCAACCAGCGCAUACGUCUUUAUGAUGGCCGGAGGACCAGUGAGCUGGAGCAGUAGGAAGCAACCUAUCACAGCAAUGUCAACGACGGAAGCUGAGUACGUUGCUGCUGCGGAGGCUGCCAAACAUGCAAUCUGGAUAAGGCACUUCCUCUAUUCAAUUGGAAAACGUUGCAAAGAAUCACUGGACAUACGAUUCGAUGAGGCGAUGCCGUUAGGAAUUGACAACCAAGGCGCAAUGGCACUUGCAUCCAACCCUGUCAAUCAUCUGAGAAGCAAGCACAUAAAGGUUCGGUAUCACGCGAUUCGAGAUUUCAUCGAGAAUGGAGAAAUCAAAGCAACGUACGUCCCUACCAAGGAAAUGCUCGCGGAUGGCCUCACAAAAGCCGUCAGGCCAGAAAUCCUGAGUCAUUUGGUGAAAUCCAUGAGAUUGGAGGGCUAG